CUCACACACACACACACUCCACAGGAAACAGUGAGCCAUAAUGCGACGGUACCUCGGAGCAGACGGCCGCCUUUGCUCAAACCAAGAGGGGAUCCGGCUGCGGCUUUGAUAGCGCGUUAAUUACUCAUGUGAUGUGAUACAGAUGUCUGGGGGCUUCAGCUGAAAGUUUGCCUGACGCUUUCCGAGGGGGCCGGGCGGCAGACAAUUUUAUAAGAAGCGUGAUAACCGGGGAGCGGAAUCAAAGCGCAGACGACGUUCCAUAAUGGGGGACGCGGCCUUGCGUGUCUUGCUGCUAAUGGUCUGCGUGGCAGCCAGAGGAAUGUGUCAGAUAAACGGCGCCGCAGCUGAGGAGCCGGGAUAUCUCCAGCACUCUUCCACCCUCCGGCCCAGCCCGGGGCCCGCGACCCACCCGGAGGAAGCGGCGGUGGUGGCGUCCAACGCGACGGUGGAAAGGCACCCCGUACCGCCGCCCAUGUGCAUGGUGAGGACUUCCAUCAACAACUACUUCAAGUACAUCAACACGGUGUUCUCCGUGCUGGUGUUUGCGGUGGGCCUGGUGGGCAACGCCACCCUGCUGAGGAUCAUCUACCAGCACAAGUGCAUGAGGAACGGACCCAACGCCCUCAUUGCCAGCCUGGCCUUGGGGGACCUCAUCUAUAUAGUCAUCGAUAUUCCCAUCAACGUAUAUAAGCUACUGGCGACAGACUGGCCAUUUUACGACAGCGACUUUGGCUUGUUCCUCUGCAAGCUGGUUCCCUUCCUGCAGAAGGCCUCAGUGGGCAUCACCGUCCUGAACCUGUGCGCCCUCAGCGUUGACAGGUACAGAGCCGUGGCGUCUUGGAGUCGGGUGCAAGGUGUCGGGAUCCCACUCUUAACCGUUAUGGAGAUCCUUUCCAUCUGGGUCCUGUCGAUGGUGCUGGCCAUCCCCGAAGCCGUCGGCUUCGACAUAGUCCACUUCGACUACCGCAACAAGACCUUGCACGCCUGCAUGCUGCAGCCCAAGUCGGACUUCAUGUUUUUCUACAGGGACGCGAAAGACUGGUGGCUGUUCGGUUUCUACUUCUGCGUCCCGCUGACCUGCACGGCCAUCUUCUAUGCGCUGAUGACCUGCGAAAUGCUCAACAACAGGAACGGCAGCCUGCGGAUCGCCCUGACCGAGCACCUCAAACAGAGAAGGGAAGUGGCCAAGGCCGUCUUCUGCCUGGUCCUAAUAUUCGCCCUCUGCUGGUUCCCGCUCCACCUCAGCAGAAUCCUGAAGAAGACGGUGUACUCCCAGUAUGACCAGAGGCGUUGCGAGCUCUUCAACUUCCUUUUGGUAAUGGACUACUUAAGCGUCAACCUCGCAACAAUCAACUCCUGCAUCAACCCCAUCAUCCUCUACUUUGUUAGCAAAAAGUUCAAAAAUUGCUUUAAGUCGUGUUUGUGCUGCUGGUGCUACUCAGAUAGCCAGCUGAGCAGCAUCGGAGCGAUGAACGGCACCAGCGUCCAGUGCAAAAGCCCCGAGCCCAACAAUCUGCUCACCGACCGCAGCCUACGGAAAGACAGCGACUGAACGUUUGGCGCUCAAACAGUAUUAGCCUUGCAAAAUAUAUGCAUCAUAAUCAGACUUUUUCAGAAAUAUACCAGGACUACCGACACGGCCUUGCGUGAAACUGGUGGAGGCACCAAGGAAAGAAGGUUUCAAAGGAACGGGCAAGUUGCCUGAAGGACUUCGAGUCACCGGAUGCAUUUGAACCGCGGGUUAGCGUCACGGUUCUAAAUAAAAAUUAGCAUGACGACGCGACACAAUGGAAAAGAAGACAACCAGCUGUCAGAGGAAAUGACGGGAGACGAGCGCUCGCGUCCAUCCCGGGAGUCGGAAAACAGGAAAGCGUGUUAGUGACGAUUAAUUCUCCAUCGAACACGCCCGUGGAUGUACUCAUUAUUCAUUUAGCCUCAUUGUGUCAACUUUUGAGCUUAAAGUGGUUCGGCAUCGUGAAUAUUUCAAAAACAAACGGUCACAGAAAGUACAUAGGAAAGAUUUCCUCUCCGAACCAUGCGACGCUGAAAGUAUAUCAACGAUAUUUAUGAUCACGUAAUCCACAAAACAUGUACAUGUAGUAUGUCCACUUUUAUAAAGUGGCAUUAUUAGUAAAUAUUAAUCAAUGACAAAGGCAGAUGUGCAGUGGCAGUAUUAGUAAAUAUUAAUCAACGACAAAGGCAGUGAAAGUCGUAAUGAUUUUUAUUAUCUUUUUUUUUUUUUAAUAAGGGCUUACUUAUUCAUGAAUGAGCACAUUAUUGAUUUGUUUACUUGAACUUACAAGGUUGUACUUAUUGGUGAGGAUACAGUAAACAUCCGGGUAAUCUAGUUUAGCCUCACAACUAAAACCAACUAGUUGAGCUCUGUCCAACUAUCAAAUUGUAAUACAAAUGAAAACAUGUCUUUAAAAAAUAAUAUAAAAAAUAAAAUAACAAAUAAUAACCCUAAAUGCCCGCUAAGGAGCUAUUAUGCUAAGGUAGCAGCUAGCUAGCUGUGACAUACAGAAAGUUGAUGUCUACUUCUUGGCAUGUAUUCCCCCAUUUGCUACCAAAGAAGUAUUCUGCCUUGUAUUAAGAGUAACUAUAAUUGAACUUUAGUGUCUUGAAAGAUCUAAACGCACCCGUCUAAUUGUUCAAUGUUUGGUUCUUGUUUGCACUUUUUAGCUAAGGUCAAAUUCAGUUCUCCUGUGAAAAUUAUUUUCUAAAACAUUUUUUGUAAGAGUGUUUUAAAUGUGUAUCUUAAGUUGAAGCAUUUUUCAAAGUUUACAGAAGGACCGUCCAAAUAUGUACAGACGCUGCCAUUGCUAACAUCGUUAGCAUCACUUUUUCUCUCUCAAUAAAGGCAGGUCCUGCAACGCGA